AUGAAUCACGAAUCGAGAACCAGCCAUCGAGUCCAAUUCGCACUCCAUAGAAUUUCGGACCUUGCUCUCAAGCUAAAUGAGGAAGAACCGUUCCCUCGCCUCGAAUGGGACGUCGCAUUGGACAAAUUCUACUCGCUCGAUGGCCUCAAUCAACCAAGAGUUCCUCGCAAUACUCCGGCAUCUUUGAGCCGAGUUGGGAGCUUCGAUGAUCUUGAGGGACUUGACGGAAUUUCUCAAAGACGCGCUGUCUCCGCGCCCCAUAUUCUAUCGUCACAGGGUCCAUGGUUCGACGGACAGUCGGAUUAUGACUUGUCACGCCAUUUCAAUGCCAAACAGCAUCCAAGCAUGUUGCGCGUAUUCCAAUUCUCGGCUGACGACGAAGCCAGCUCGCUUUCAAGUGUUGUUCAUUCGCCUGAGGUCUCUCGAGACGUGAGCAUGGACAUGAAGGCUGAAGAUCAAGUUAAAAAGAAAGCAUCACCUUGCGCUCAGCAGCUCGCGCAGCGUUCACUUCGUCCUGUUUGGCGUGAAGUUGGUGGUGGCCAUUCAACUCGGAGACACGCUAGGAAAGUCGAUCACUCUUCUUGGCAACACAGGCGAAGAAACUCGAAAAGUUGGCGAGGCUCCAGCUAUUCUCUUCUCCGCAAAAUUCGGCCAACCCAGGAUUUGCCAAAAAAUGCAUCGGUUCGACCUCCUACCCCUCUGUCUAAAAGGUCCAUUCACCCUGCCUCGAAUUCGCCGUCUUCCAAGUGGGAGCAGACCAAUGUCAAAGCCGAGGCUGGCCCGAUCCCCAUACCUCGAGCCAAAACUGUGUCGCGUCUUCAAAGCACUCCGCCGACACCAAAGGAAGACGUCACCGCCGUUACUUCGAGCAAUCAGGCAUCCGACAUCGUGCGGCUUAUACUUUCCAUCCACUUAAUCUGGAGCUCAGGUACAGUCAUUGCUCAGGCCAAGGUCAUCAAAUCCAUUCCUGGCGGGGACGAUGCCACCACGGCCGUUCCUGUGAUUCCGGGGCUAUCUGAAGACGACGCGCGGUCUGCCUCAGAUAGUUCGGCAGGAGAGCAACUCAUGACCUACCGCCUCGUGAUUUUAUCGGGCCUCUCCGAUGAUGCUAUUGCUGCUCUGUAUUCGGUGAUGGGUAGUACGACGACCUUCAAGUUUGUUGUGUUGCUCCUUGUCGUGCUGCAGGCAGUCUGGCUGCUCAUUCGGAAAACUAUGAAGGCUGGAGUGGGUCGACUACGCCGAUUUUCGCCGCAGAAGACUUUCUCACAAUGA